CUCAUCAAUUAGCUGCUCUACCUGGCUGAAGAGUUGUGCUAAUUAAAAAUCGACUGGUUUAAGUGAAUGCUUGGCACAGAUACAGUAUGUGGGCUGCCUGAACGGAAGUCAAAUAAUGGGCACAAUCUCAGAUAUCUUGAUAAAGACACUGGACAAUCUUGAAUCGGACUGCUUCAGGAGGUUCAAGCACCGCCUGCAGAUUUAUGGCCCAAUCGCCUGGCGGAGACUGGAGAAUGCUACCGUGGAGGAGACCGUGUGCAUGCUGGUGGAGGCUUACACCAAGCCUAACUGUGGCAGCGUCGUGUCCAGCAUCUUGAGGAACAUGGACUUAAAUCAGCGGGCUUUGGACCUGGAGACGGACCUCCAAUUUGGAAGGGGUAGGUUGGGUUCCGCUGGUGUCUGUCAAUGGACUCAGGGAGAACGUUUCAGCCUUGAUGAUUCUCCCUCCUGUAGCAGUCACUUGCAGCCAAUCAGCUUUGAUGCCACGACAGCGUUGAUGCCACGACAUGCUACAGGCACUGCUGAGUUGAGGAUCGUGAUGCUGGGCAAGACCGGAGCUGGCAAGAGCGCCACCGGAAACACCAUCCUGGGGGGCAGCGGCGACCACUUUCACGUUGACUUCUCUCCCGAGUCGAUCACGGCCACCUGUGAGCGGAAGUGUGCCGUGGUGUGCGGUCGGCCCGUCGCCGUGGUCGACACCCCUGGCCUGUUCGACACGGCACUGCCCACCAGCGAGAUGGGGAGCGAGAUCCAGAGGUGCGUGGAGAUGUCUGUCCCUGGGCCACACGCCUUCUUGCUGGUCAUCAGCCUCGGGAGGUUCACGGAGGAGGAGAGGAACGCGGUCAAGUGGGUUCAGGAGAACUUUGGGCCGGGGGCGUCCAAGUACACCAUUGUGCUUUUUACCAACGGUGACCGGCUGAAGAGCACCAUUGAGAAUUUUCUGGCCCGCAGCCCUCAGCUGACAGAUCUCAUUCAGAGCUGCCACCACCGAUACCAUGUGCUCAACAACGAGAAUACAUCGGAUCUGAGUCAGGUGGCGGCCCUGCUGGAGAAGAUCGAAGUCAUGGUGAGAGAUAACGGAGGGAGUUACUACACUAACGACAUGUACCAAGAGGCUCAGAGGAGGAUGAGAGAGGAGGAUGAGGAGAAAGAGAGAGAGGGGGCCAAAUUACAACAAGAAAUCAUGUUCAAUGAAAAUUGGAAAGUUUUUUUUUCUUCCGCACAAGCCGCAGGGAACUUUGUCGUUCGUAAAGCGGAAGAGAAGGGAAUGCCCAAGGAGGUGGUAGAUGUGUUUGGAAAUGUGUUUAAUUUGUGUGACUAUCCAAUAGCGGACUGCAAAAAAAAGCUAAAAAAAUUGAGGAGAAAAGGUUUAGAGUCAGAAUAGUUGAAAACAUGUCCACAGAUCUGAAGAGGAAAGAAUGAUAGAAGAUAUAGAAACAGAGUUAGCAAGUACGAUUAUUAUUUUGGACUGUUAUAACAAUAGGACUGCAAGAACAACUUUGAGAAAGUGAAGGAAAUGUUUUAAUAGUUAUAGUAUAGUUUUAAAAGCUUAAGAUUAUAGCCACAACAUGUUGCCUCAAACACACAUACACAUUUUUCUACUGCCAAAGAAGCUCUGUUCCCAUUCGCGAACCAACAUUUGAACCAUUCGGAGCGUUUCAACCCAACAAAAUCCAGUUCGGAAGCAGAAAAUACUUUCGACUUUUUUUUUUUGCGAACCAUAGUGGGUGUGUCAUUCUGCCGCUCAGAGGAGUUUUCUGUCCAUAUCAAUUGUUGCCAUGAGUAGAGAUAUAUAUAGUAUAGUAGAAAGUGUUAAUCCACAGGUGAUUUCACCGACAACGAACCCGUGCUUUAACCGGUGCUGUUCAGUAUUCUUUGAACCGUGGUGCUAUCUAGUGAACCAGCCCGCACUACCUCCAGUUUUGAACCGAACCAAAGAUGCAUCAUCACCAAUGGGUGUUACAUGAAAAAACAAAAGAUUAAAAAAAGAUGCAUAAACAGGAGAAUGACAUGAAGAGUUGUCCUGUAAAACGGCAGAAACCAGCUGGUUAUAAAUGUGAACGUCUGCAGUGUAAUGGUAGUUGACUAGUUUUGUUAGAAUAUGUUACAGAUGCUGCAGAACAUGUUACAGAUGCUGCAGAUGUAUGUGUAUCAGCUCCCCCUGAGAUGGGUGUAUUUUUGUAGAAUGUCCCUGGCACAUACGCAACACUCCUGGUGCCUGAUGUAAGGCCAGUUACAUUGACUAUUAGUGAAAGCAAAAUGUUACAGCAAAAGCUCUAGGAACGAGCCACUUCAGUUGCACAUACAGGUGUAUCCCGACUGUUACAUUGACACAAAAUGAGUCCAUGUGCCAAAAUCAUUGUUUGCUGCAGAGUUGUCUUAAGUUUAAUCAUGUGGAUUGGCUGAAUCCAAAAUGUUGUUGUACAGGUUUCUAAACUCAGUGCCAACCACUAUACUGUGUAUAUAUAUAUGCGUGUGUGUGUGUGUGUGUGUUUGUGUACAUACACACACACACACACACACACACACACACACACACACACACACACACACACACACGCAA